AUGUUCCGCUACCAUCUGAACAAGACACUGGUCGGUGCUAUAAAGAGAACUUGCGGCCUUUCCUAUGCUUCCACUGUCUCUCCACUCUUCCGUCGCUAUUUCUCUACUGGGGAGUUUGAUACUUUGAGAAAGGUAGAGCAAAUGGUUGGGAACAGUGACAAGCACAUAACUCGUGUUCUCUUUUGUGGGCCAUAUUUUUCUGCUUCUCAGACGUACACUAAAGAAUACUUGCAGAAGCACCCUUUCAUCCAGGUUGAUGAUGUCCCACUUGCUGCUGUGCCUGAUGUUAUAUCAAACUACCACAUCUGUGUAGUCAAAAACAUGCGGCUAACUUCGAACGUUAUAUCCCAUGCAACUCAGAUGAAACUUAUAAUGCAGUUUGGUGUUGGUCUUGAAGGUGUUGAUAUUGAUGCUGCUACAAAGUGUGGAAUUAAAGUUGCAAGAAUUCCAGGAGAUGUGACUGGAAACUCCUCAUCAUGUGCAGAGAUGGUCAUAUAUUUAAUCUUGGGCCUCCUCCGGAAGCAGAAUGAGAUGCAAAUUUCCAUAAAGCAGAAAAGGCUUGGAGAACCAACUGGUGACACACUAUUUGGCAAGACAGUAUUCAUUAUGGGAUUUGGAAAUAUAGGGAUUGAUUUGGCAAAGCGUUUGCGACCAUUUGGCGUCAAAAUUAUUGCCACAAAAAGGAGCUGGGCCUUGCAUUCAAAAGGUUCUCUUAAAUCCAAUGGCCCUUCCGUGCAAAGUGAUACCAAUGAUGAUUUGGUCGACGAGAAAGGCAGUCAUGAAGACAUUUACAAGUUUGCUGGCAAUGCCGACAUAGUUGUUUGUUGCUUGAUUAUGAAUAAAGAGACAGCUGGUGUUGUGAACAGAUCAUUCAUAUCUUCAAUGAGAAAGGGUUCCCUUUUGGUAAAUAUUGCUCGAGGGGGCCUCCUGGACUAUGAGGCUGUUGUGCAUUAUCUUGAGUCUGGACAUUUAGGAGGCUUAGGCAUUGAUGUUGCUUGGACUGAACCGUUUGAUCCUGAUGAUCCAGUUCUCAAAUGCAACAAUGUUAUAAUUACUCCUCAUGUUGGUGGGGUCACAGAACAUUCUUACAGAACCAUGGCUAAGGUUGUCGGAGAUGUUGCCCUUCAACUUCAUUCAGGGACUCCGUUAACGGGCAUAGAGAUUGUGAACUGA